CGACGGCCUCGUGCCCACCUCUAGCGGCCCAUGAUAGCGGCGUUCGGCUAAGGUGGUCCUUCGUAUUAAUAUCAACCUCAUCCGUUUCGAGUAAGAGCUUGACAACGGCCUCGUGCCCAUCCCCAGCGGCCCACGAUAGCGGCGUUCGGCUAAGGUUGUCCUUCGUAUUAAUAUCAACCUCUUCCGUUUCGAGUAAGAGCUUGACGGCAGCCUCAUUCCCCAUCUUAGCGGCCCGCAAUAGCGGCGUCCGGCCCUCCUUAUCUCUCUCAUCCGUUCCGGUAUCAGGUGGGUUUGGCUUGCUCGCAGCCAAGGUCGGUUUAGACAUGUGCCAAACAUAAGUGUUACGAAUCUCUGCGUAAAUGCGUGAAGGUGGGGCACUCCCUGUUUGGUGUGGACCAAUCAGAGGUGUCCCAGGGUCCCGACCACUUGGGCCGGGGACACGGGACAGCCCCGGAGGACCGGCGUCCCGGACGCGGGACCACGGGACAGUGGGACCAUUGUUAUUGGUCCAGUAGAUAGAUAUAUACAACAACCGUGCCUACGGUUCUAGAUAGCUCUUGCUUGAUCUCGCAAGCAAGCAAUACACAUUCACUGCACUCAUACACUUUGAGUGGCAUUCUGUCACGCGCAUUCACAGGGCAACGGAAAUGAAGCAUUUGAUGCAGGGAGGUAAGGCUUG